GUAUCACUUUUAUAUGAAUAUAUGUUCUCUUUAGAACCUAUACUAGUACAACCAAGAACUAGUAGAUAAGAAUAUUUGCUUCCACCCGAAGCUUACCAGUACCAUGUUUUCUACCACUGUCUUUGCAGUUCUAAUCUUGCAUCUAUUUGUUCAAGUAUUAUCAGUAUCAGCUCGACCAGUAGAGGGACCCUCUUCCCGUAUCAUUGUACAAGGUUCUGUAUUCUGCGAUGUUUGCUGUGAUAACACUUUCUCCAAACACAGCUACUUCUUGUCAGGUGUUGAUGUCCAUGUACAAUGCAGAUUCAAAGCGAGCUCACCAAGAACAGCAGAGCAAAUAUCCUUCUCAGUCAACAGAACCACAAACAGAUAUGGAGUGUACAAAUUGGAUAUACCAUCAGUGGAUGGUGUUGAUUGCAUAGAAGAACCAACAAUUCAAUCAUUCUGCCAAGUCAGUUUGAUUGGAAGCACAUCUCAGGCCUGUAAUGUUCCAGGUUUAAAGAGCACAUCUAAUGAGAUAACCAUAAAAUCAAAACAGAAUAAUCAGUGCAUUUACAGCCUAGAUGCAUUAAGUUAUAGACCCCCUGAGAAAAAUGCUACGUUAUGUGGAAAUAAUUUACCCAAAAUUGAAGAGGACCACUCAAGCUCUUUCAAUUCCUCCAAGUUUUUCCUUCCUUACUUUCCUCCUUACCAUUUUUUGUGGCCUCCUGCUAACACUAAUAGCCAACAUCCAUAAAGGGCCAGUUAUAUUUCCUGUUGAAUAUAUAAUUAAUAAAAGCAUAAAUUUGUCAUACCAUUCAACAUUUACCUCUCUACUUCUGUAAGAUUCAAGAGCAGUUUUAUUACAUAACUGACAAACUGAAGAUGCCAAUAAAGUGAAAACAAGCUGCCAGAAUGAUCUUUUACCUUUCAUAUAUUGUAAAAAAAUAUAGUAUAUGUGUAAUUGACUAACAGAAGUACAGAACCAAGAUUCGGGGGGCCUCAAGAAAACCUGUAGCAUGUAUUUAAGCUUUUAUCUGCUUGAUAAAAGAUUGAAAUUGAUUGUACAAUAAUGAUGAUCAUGUAAGUUCUUUUGCUCC